ACUGUGGGGUUUGUUGACUCCGGUACACAUCUUCGAUCUUUCCUUUCCGUAAAAAGAAAAAAAAAUGGAGAAAAAAAUACGAUAAAGUGGAUAAUAUCAGUAAAAUUCGUACUGGUUGUCUGUCUGGAAAAAUAAAAAGGAAACAAAAUCGCUCUCACUCUCUCUGCAAUUCUCCGUUAACGAUUGGAGAAAUUAUCGUAGAAGAAAAAGGCAGCUAUUGUUCUCAGAAUUAAGUUUGUUUCUUUAUCUGGCGAGUAACCGCCGGAGAGGCAUGCUCAUUUUCGACUUCUCAGUAGUUGUCCGAAACCUAUUAUUACCUUCAAUUUCAAUAUCAUCAGCAUUAGCAUUACAAUUUAGGUUAGGGCACCACCAACAACAACAAAUUCAAGAAGAAUUGUUAAUUACUGGCUGAUUCUAAAUGUUCUUCAAGCCGAAUAACAACAUCGUAUCCAGGAUUUUCGAUCGCCAAAUUCGCACUCCCGCUCCUGGCACUGCUGUUAAUAAUGCGAGGAGAUUCUAUGAGAAUAUAGUACCAAGCUAUACCCUAUAUAAUGUGGAUUUCCCAGAUCAUUCGUUCCGCAAGUUCACAGAUGAUGGUCACUUCCUAAUUAGUUUCAGCAGGAAUCAUCAAGACCUCAUUGUUUACAGACCAAAAUGGCUCUCUUUUUCUUACAAGGAUGAAGAAGAAAAAGACGGCUGCGAUGAUUCUCAUGAUCUUCCUUCUAAAGCAAGGAGGUUUGGAAGUUUUUUCACUCAGCUAUAUUGUGUCUCACUAGCUUCUAGCAAUGAGUUCAUCUGUAAAGACUUCUUCUUAUAUGUCGAGAGUAACCAGUUUGGCUUGUUUGCCACUCAAACUGCACAAGUCUAUGAUGCACCUAAUGUUGAAGGAGCUAUUCAUGGAGUCCCAUCUGUUGAAAAGAUUACAUUUCACCUUGUGAGAUUGGAAGACGGGGUUGUACUGGAUGAAAAGAUUUUCUCCAAUGAUUUUGUUAACUUAGCUCAUAGCAUGGGUGUUUUUUUGUAUGAUGAUUUGUUGGCUAUCAUGUCCCUCCGCUACCAAACAAUACAUAUUCUCCAAAUUCGUGACUCUGGAAACCUUGUCGACGUGCGAGCUAUAGGGGAAUUUUGCCGUGAAGAUGACGAAUUGUUCCUCAAUUCUCAUGCCCAGUACAUGGUAAAUCAGGCUGAAAAUGGUUCGAUUCUUCCCCAACAGAUGCGAAGGGGUUCUUUUCUGAGUGGCAUCAAACAGCGGUUGCUCUCCUUUAUCUUCCGUGGAAUAUGGAAUGAUGAAACAGAUUAUAGCCUGAGGGUUCAAGGUCUAAAGAAGUUCUAUUUCCAUUUCCAAGAUUAUGUUGAUUUGAUCAUGUGGAAGGUACAGUUCUUAGACCGGCAUCACCUGCUAAUCAAGUUCGGUAGUGUAGAUGGAGGGGUAUCCAGAAACACCGAUCAUCAUCCUGCAUUUUUUGCUGUAUAUCACAUGGAAACAACAGAGUUUAUUGCAUUUUAUCAGAAUUCAGCUGAUGAGCUGUAUAACUUGUUUGAGCGUUUUGGUGACCACUUCCACGCAACAUCGAGGAAUUUGUUGUAUAUGAACUUCAUAUCAUCUCACUCCAAUAAUAUAUAUGCUCUUGAGCAGCUAAGGAGCAGUAAAACCAAAGCUAGUAGUUUUACACUGUUUGUGAAGAAGAUGAUGACCUCUUUACCUUUCAGUUGCCAGUCCCAGAGUCCUUCUCCUUAUUUUGACCAAUCACUCUUUAGAUUUGAUGAAAAGCUCAUCUCUGCAACGGACCGCCAUAGGCAAUCUACGGAGCACCCAAUCAAGUUUAUUUCAAGAAGGCACCCAAACACCCUCAAGUUCAAGAUAAAACCAGGUCCAGAAGCUGGUGGAGCUGACGGUCAAACGAAAAAGAUCUCUUCGUUCCUCUUCCACCCAAUUUUGCCGCUUGCACUUUCCAUCCAGCACACGCUCCUUCAGCCGUCGGUCGUGAAUAUUCACUUUCACAGAUAAAAGACCGCAUAAAAAUCUAAUUGAUGUGAUGAAGUUGUAUCUGUUGUAUGAUAUCUUAAUCAUCAUUCAUUAUAUUUAUUUAUUGUCAAAGAGAGAUCCACCUCCGGCUACCCCUUCUAAA